AUGGUGGACGCGGAUGGUUUUCAAGUUGUGAAGAAACGAAAGGGUUACAAGAACAAAUUUUGUCAGGAUAACCACAGAACUUCCACCAAAACAUGGAGCAAACUAUCGUCAUCCGAAAUAGUGCAUUUUGACGUUAAUGAACUGAAAUCCAAAAUUGUUAAAUGCAGGUACGAGAAGCUUUCUUUCUCCCACUGUAAUUGUCAUACGCAGAUUUCCAUUUUUGAUGAUUUUUUUUUGUGAUGGAUUUAUACACAGGGAUGAAAUUUUAGGAAGCGAAUUUUUCUCAAGUUUAAAAGGUAAGCAUCCGAUCUUUAGCGAUGUGCCAGAAUUGGUUUGUAUGCUUCUGAUGGUAAACGGUCAUUUCGCCCCGGUUCCUUAGCCCCCCUUUUCUCGAGUCAUUUGGUGCGCUUCAAAUGUAAUAUUCCUCGUUCUUCAAGCCACAAACCAGAACAAGCAAGCUUCAAAUAUAACAUUCCACGUUCUAAAAUAGGGGGCUAAGUAACAGGGACGAAAUGACCGUAAAGCCUUUUGAUGUAGCUGGGAGCAGGGUCAAAAGGGAUGGGGCCCCGGGGGGACACUCGAAGGGAAGUUUGGGUGUGCCACCGACGCCUCAAACCUUGACGCUAUGUAAGAGAAAAAUUGUUCAUUUUGCCACCCUUUUUGAGAAAAACCAGGCAUAGCUAAUUGAUAAACAGAUAAUCAAUAACAAUCAAUAGUAAUCGAUAUCAAUCAUCGGUUUUGUCGAUUAUUUUCUAAUAUCAAUCGAUAGAAAUCAAUAAAAAAAAUAGUUGUGACUUUGAUUAAUAUCGAUUUUUAUUCAUUAUGAGUGAUUUAUCGAUUGUUAAUUGAUUACUAUCGAUUACAAAAUUAACACACUGGAAAAUGUGGUCCAAUGGAACACUAUUCCACACAUGAAGAAAAAUUUAUGAAAAUGCAUCAGUUUGCUUUUGUCCAAAAAUGCUCCACACGAACCUCCACCGCCUUCCCCCCUUCCCCCCUCCCCCAUAAAGGUUAAGUGACAUUAAGCGGGGGAAAGUGAAAAUGCUGACGGUCCUUAAAGGUAAUGAAAAAAACUAGAUGGAUCGGUUUGGCCAAACCAUAAAAUGGUUUCUGCUCUGAGAUGAACAAUAGCAUUUUAUAAUCUUUUUCGACUAGACACAUUUGACGAUAGCUGUUCUAGGAAGAAUUCCAUUAGUAAAGGAGAAUCUGGAAGUAAAAAUACUGCAGUUAUUCAAGAGGAGCCUAUUGCUGAUAUCAUUUGUUAUGGAAUUGGAAAAAUAACUACAUGUCCUAUUGCUAGAUACCAAUUUGCCUUAUUGUUAUUGCUAAAGGAACAACUUCAGGUACUGUGCAGGUUACUUCACUUUACUUUCCAUGAUUUGAGAGCAGACGGAUGGGACAACAAAAGUGCAAUUGGAUAGGUUUAGGUUAGGGUUAGGUUAACCCUAACCUAACCUAAACCAACAUGUAGUGGAGCAAGCUCUNAAUAGCUGUGACUUUGAUUAAUAUCGAUUUUUAUUCAUUAUGACUGAUUUAUCGAUUGUUAAUCGAUUACUAUCGAUUUCAAAAUUAACACACUGGAAAAUGUGGUCCAAUGGAACACUAUUCCACACAUGAAGAAAAAUUUAUGAAAAUGUAUCAGUUUGCUUUUGUCCAAAAAUGCCCCACACGAACCUCCACUGCCUUCCUCCCUUCCCCCCUCCCCCAUAAAGGUCAAGUAACAUUAAGCGGGGGGAAGUGAAAAUGCUGACGGCCCUUAAAGGUAAUGAAAAAACUAGAUGGAUCCGUUUGGCCAAACCAUAAAAUGGUUUCUGUUCACAGAUGAACAAUAGCAUUUUAUAAUCUUUUUCGACUAGACACAUUUGAUGAUAGCUGUUCUAGGAAGAAUUCCAUUAGUAAAGAAGAAUCUGGAAGUAAAAAUACUGCAGUUAUUCAAGAGGAGCCUAUUGCUGAUAUCAUUUGUUAUGGAAUUGGAAAAAUAACUACAUGUCCUAUUGCUAGAUACCAAUUUGCCUUAUUGUUAUUGCUAAAGGAACAACUUCAGGUACUGUGCAGGUUACUUCACUUUACUUUCCAUGAUUUGAGAGCAGACAGAUGGGACAACAAAAGUGCAAUUGGAUAGGUUUAGGUUAGGGUUAGGUUAACCCUAACCUAACCUAAACCAACAUGUAGUGGAGCAAGCUCUCAUGCUAGCAUGUUUGUAAGCAAGCAACAUAUUUGUUGCAAUAACUUUAUUGUUAGGAAUGUUUAGGAUUGUAAAUUGUGGAUUUUAGUCUCACUUAGGGUGUUUGGGAUUGAAAGUCACUAUAUUUACCCAUUCAAGUAUUGCUUUAAUAGGACUGUGGAGAAAGAAUUUAACAAAAAAUGUUGUGACAUUGACCACACAGAAAUCUCCUUUAGGGGUCAGUUUUAAGCUUGACCCACACCAACAUGAUUGGUCUCCCUUUGGGGUUUAAUUUAAUUUUUUUAACAAGCAUCCCCAUCACUUUUAUGUGGUAUUCCCCUCCACAGAUAGUAGAUCAAGGUGACAGCUUUUUUCCUCUUUCAUGGCAGCAUAAUCAGUCAGUAUAAUUCAGAUUGCCUAAUAAAUUGGGAACAUUAAGUUAUUAUUAUUUUUAUUUAAAGAUUGCAGGUCCGUGCCAUAUUUAUGAGCCUCAUUUUUCAGAAGAUGAUAAAAUGAUUGUGGAAAAGUUAGGAUGUCAACUUAUUGAACAUAAUGAGGUAAAGUAACAACUAUGUUUUAACUUAUAUUGGUUUUACGAGAAGAUCAAUACAGAAAUAUGUUUCCCUCCAGGCCCCACUUGUUCAAAAGAUGGACAAUGCUAUCCACUGGAUAGUGCAAAUUAUAAUGUCUCUAAUACUUAUUGUUUGGAUAGUGAUUUAUCCAGUGGAAAGCGCUAUCCAUUGUUUGAGCAACUAGGGCCUGGAGUUGGGUAUUUCCAGCUUUAGAAGUAGAUAAUAAAUUAUCAUUGUAAUCAAGAAUUUUGGUACAGGGGUGGUGCUAAUCUAGAAUGUAAUAAAUUGAAAACUUGCAGAUGCUAAAAAAUACAGUUGGUUGGAAUCUCCUGUAAGCAACCACCCAAAAUGCAAGGAUUUUAUUUGUCGCUUACUGGAUGUGGUCACUUACAAGAGUAGAACCAUAUGCAGUCUUUUCCGCAAAGAUGUCCUGAGGCAUCUACUCUUUGGAAGAAGUUACAAAUUUUAUAUGCAUAGUUCCAGGUUGCCACUGAAAGUUCAUUUUUUUUUUAUUGAUGAAUCUUAUUUUUUUCUAGGAAGGUAAACGAAAAGUGGAAAGAUUGACUUUAUUUUUCAUGCUUCAUUGUGGUAAACCACUUUACAACAGUGUUUUGUGGGCAAACUGGGGUCCAAGGCUGUCCAAUGUUAUUAUUCUUGGAAACAGAUUUUCAAGUUACCAAGAAAGGUGAGGAUCAAAAACUUUGAAGAACACAAUCAAUGAUAGAAAUGUCAAAUAUUGUUAUAUGGGGGGAGGGAAUGACCUGACACACCAACAAUUUGUUUGGAUUUGUUUUGUAGAAUACCUCAUUCAAGUGCACAGUAAAACUGUACUGUAGUAGCUUUCUCUACAACCACAACAUUGCACCUCAAUCAGAAUAUUGCAGAGCCAAUUUAAUAAUUGAUUUCCUUAAAUCAUGCAUAGCUAAUCACUUCAUAAUCGUGGUGAGGAAUAUCAUCUUCAUCUCAUGGCGGUGCAACAAAUUGAAACAUCUGAGUUCCUGGAAGGAUUUGAACCCAUGAUAACCCAGACAUCAGUACACCCCUCCCUUGUUAUCUCCAAAUAAAGUUACCAUGAUGAACUUAGGACCACCUCAUUGCUAUACUUGUUCACAAAGGAGAACAUUGUAGAUCGCAAACUCAGAUAUAUUUGGUGGAGAAUUCAUCUUAAUGAGUGGGUACCUUGUUUAGAAGCUGGGAGCCAAAAUUUCUUAAUCUUUCUUCAUUUCAGAAUACCCUCAAGACAACUUCGAUCAGAAGCAUCCUUUAUCUAUAAUGUAUCCUCUUAAUACUUGCUAUUCAACUACUGGUUUUUGCCUAAAUAUUCAUUUACAGUAGAUCUUUGGAUUUUUUUAAUCCUUCCAGAAUUAUUCUAUUCACAGUGUGCAAUGUUUGUUUGUUUGUUUCUCGUGCAUAUUUACGUGGCUAUCUUCCCAAGUAAAUGAAACCCAAGGAGGCUGAAACACAGUAUAAGCCUUUCAGUUCACAAGGACUGCUUAACUUGUAAGCAUCAAUGGCUUUGUUUUAUCUAUAAGUCAAAUACUCUUAUGCAUUCCUUGACUUUCAUUUGGUCAGAUACUUCCUUAUGUGAAAGAAACACCAGUUCCCAACACAUUUCACCACAGUGAUAUUUUCAAUGACUCUGCAAUUCACUGGUUUCCAAGGGAUAUUUUAAGCAUUCACUUGACCGUUUGG